CUCAGUUGUCUCUUCAUUUCAGCAUGCGUUGUCUCUCUGUCUGCGUCUUCAAGCUGGUCUUCGUGGUACUGCUUCUCAGGUUCCAUACGUGCCACGCGCAAAUCACCACUGUAUCUGCUUCGCCUACCAUCACGGCAACCUGGACGGGUACAUAUACGGAUUUUGCAGUCUGUGCCACUGGUGGCGGCGACUGGCUCAUGGACCCUCCAACUGCAGUCCGUCUGGGUGACCUCUUCUGCGAAGCACUGUCCAAGCCAGAGAACUACCCUCCUCAAGGGGGGAAUCUUAGCCAAUACCAUUACCCAACCGAGCUCACCGAAAUACCUGGAUCUCCCAACUACACAGCCAUGGAACUAUCCGGUCUGAUUCUCGACAUCUCCUUCAAUCGGGACACCCCGAUUGUCACUAACGGCACGAUCCAUUUCUACGGCACCGACGAGCAGUGUGCAAGAGACAAUUGUACAGACAUCGUGGCCAGGGAUGUUGAUGCAUGCCAGCUGAAUUCGCACUACUACGGCGGCACAAACACCUGGUUUACAGAGUGUGGAAUGUACUGGAUCGGGGUCAGGAAUUGCACCAGUAAUUGGGCCGAUCCGGAUUGUUGCCGGUGGCACGAGUUGCACCCAGACAUUGGGAUCACUCUGGAGGAGGCACUUGAUCCCGCUGUUUGUUGGCACUGCAAAAGUCCGUGUCAGCCUUCAAAUGCAACGUCGACCUCGAACGUGACGGCGAUAAACGAGGUCACUACACUGCCUACGAAUGCGGUGUCAUGAUCUCCGACCAUUCUCUUGAUUUUGAUGAUUUGGCGACAGGUCUUAGGCCUUCAGACCUAGACGUUGGGCUGGACGGUGCUGGGAGGGUCAUCUGCGUCCAGUCCUGAGCUUUUGCUACAAUGGCAAGGACAUGCAACACAUCCAGGGAGUUGGGGCUUGGCUGAUUAAAG